AUGAUUUCUCAGCAGGAACAAGGACUUGCCGCCGUGAAACAGGAGCUACAGAGUGUUUCACAGAAUUUUUCGGAUCUUCAGACUGCAAUUGUGACUAUCACUUCUCUCUGUGCCCCUCAUAAACAGGUGGUGAUGGUGGACUCUGGUGCUGAUGCUAACCUUAUGGACAUCGACCUAGCCAAAGGUCUGGGUUUGGAGUUUGUGCCCCUUGCUACUCCCCUGGUGGCCACUGCUCUGGACGGCAGACUUCUCUGGCGAGUUACCCAUCUCACCACCCAGUAA